AUUUCCGUCACACUGUUUCGCUCGCUCUCAUCAACUCAACGCAACAAUGGCGAAUGUGAUUGUAAUUGGAAAAUAUUAAACGCGAGUGCAAGGAAAUGUGAAGUGACCCCGGCGCAGCUGCAACAGUGUUUACGGACUCCGGAAAAGCCACUAAGAAGGGGCGAUAGAAUGCCAGAAACAACAAGCCAAGAGUGACUGCAAGUGCAAACUGAAAACGGAUCGGAAGUCGCAGAAACUAGUGCCCUCCCUGUCGCUCUCGCUGUCUUUCCCACUACCCCCGCCCCCCGACCGGCUGCAGAAGCGGAGUGUUUUGCAAAAUGAGAUUCUGCGUUGUGAUUUUGUGUUGCGUGUUAUUUCUGCUGGCCAGCGGGCCUAUUGCAUCAGCCCUAGCCGAGGCGCGGCAGGCCGACUCGGCAGAAGUCAGCAGCGGCGAGGAUGAGAAGGCGGACUGCACGGACCUGGCCCGCGACGAGGAGGCGCUGAUGGUGUUCUCCACCUUGGGCGGCGGACUGACGGCCAUCGAUCCGGUGACCAGCGAAAUACGCUGGACAAUAGCAGAUGAUCCUCCCAUUGUAGCGGAGCCUCAGGAGAACGUCCAGGUCCCACACUUUCUGCCCGAUCCUCGGGAUGGCAGCAUUUACCAGCUGGGCCAGAUGGGAAGCCUUAAGAAGCUACCUUAUACCAUUCCCCAGCUAGUGGCCAAUGCCCCCUGCCGUUCCUCCGACGGAAUCCUGUACUCCGGCAAGAAGAGCGACACCUGGUACAUGGUGGAUCCCAAAACGGGUAGACGGGAGAAGGUCAUGGGAUUCGGAGAUGCCACCAUGGAUGGCAAGGAGGGUGAGCAAAUUGGAUGGGCCACAUCACGGGCCAUCUAUCUCGGUAGGACUCAGUACACAGUCAUGAUGUACGACAGCCUGGCCAAAAACAAGAAUGCUAAGCCCUGGAAUAUCACUUUCUACGACUACAAUGCUGUGAGUGCUCCCCCAGAGUUGGCCAAGGAAUAUGAAUACAUUCAUCUGACCACCACCACCAAUGGCCAAAUAGUAACCCUGGAUCGCAAGCAUGGUAAAUUUCUGUGGCAGAGGGAUUUAAGCAGUCCCGUGGUGGCCGCUUUCCUCUUGGGACCUGAUGGCCUUCUCAGCGUGCCUUUCACCACAGUUUCCGAUGAAGCUUAUCAGGCCAUUCUCGAGGAGUCAAAGACUGGCAAUGUGAAUACAGUAAAGCUAUUCCAAUCACUUUAUGUGGGAGAGCACCAAAAGGGCCUGUACGCCCUACCAUCGCUGGUGGACAAGAAUACUCCUCGGAUUUCCACCUCACCACCCAUAAAACUGCUCGACGGACCCACAGGGGAGCAGAGCAGCAACCAGGACACCGAUCCUCGUACUGUUUACAUUAAAGAUGUCCUGCAAGAGCACCCAGGCAUCAUGUUGGGCCACUACAGUGUGCCCAAUGAGGGUAAUGGCAACCUCCAGCUAUCACCAACGCACUCCAGCAGCAAGGGGGUCCAGAGCUUGGCCACCAUUCACAACUACAACGAUGGCUACGGUCUACUGGCCAACAAUGAAAAGAAUGCCGCCGACAUUGGCGUGCAAACAGAUCCGGAGCUGGUCGAAAUUGGUAUUGAUCAGCGGACAAACGGAAACACCAUUAACCGGACGAAAACAAUUAUUCUGCAGAACAGCAAUAAGGUGCAGGCCUUUAUCAACGAGUGGUUUAUGGAGCAUCCUAGUGGAAAGGUGCAUCAGAUUCUGAUUGUCAUCGUUCUGGGCAUGAUUGCCCUAUUCUGGUACACUUGCAGCACCAUGAGGGAGUUGCAAAAGCAGAGCGAGAACGGUUCCAAGACCUUUGCCAUAGCCCAGAAUGGUUCCAAUGGAAGCACAGGCAGCAAUGGAAGCAAUACCAGUGCCGAGGACCUAGUGGACUUGGGUAAUGGACAGGUGCGAGUGGGCAAGAUCAGCUUUAGCACAAACGAGGUGCUGGGCAAGGGCUGCGAGGGUACCUUCGUUUUCAAGGGAACGUUCGAGGAGCGUUUCGUAGCUGUCAAACGCCUGCUGCCCGAGUGCUUCACCUUCGCGGACCGCGAGGUGGCUCUUCUGCGGGAAUCGGAUGCACACGAGAAUGUCGUGCGUUACUUCUGCACCGAACAGGAUCGCCAGUUCCGCUACAUAGCCGUUGAACUGUGUGCUGCCACUCUGCAGGAUUACACUGAAGGAGAUCGGUCAGAGGAACUGCAAAAUCACAUCGAUGUUUGGCAAGUGUUGAGCCAAGCAUCGGCUGGAUUGAGUCAUCUGCACUCCCUUGAUAUUGUACAUCGCGACAUCAAGCCACAGAAUGUUCUGAUUUCGCUACCAGACGCCAAGGGCAAAGUCCGUGUAAUGAUAUCCGACUUUGGACUUUGCAAGAAGCUAAAUUUUGGCAAGACCAGUUUCUCCCGCCGAUCGGGUGUGACUGGCACCGAUGGAUGGAUAGCCCCGGAAAUGAUGCGAUCCCAGCGAACGACAACUGCUGUGGAUAUAUUCUCACUGGGUUGCGUAUAUUACUAUGUGCUGAGUGGUGGUCACCACGCCUUUGGAGACAAUCUGAAGCGCCAGGCCAAUAUACUCUCGCAUGAGUACAAUCUGUCCAAGCUGCGCACAGAAGACGACACAGAGGUCAGCCGAAUUAUACUGGCCGAACAACUAAUAUCAGACAUGAUACACAAGGAUCCGCAAUCGCGCCCGCCAGCUCGCUGUAUUGGAAACCAUCCACUGUUCUGGGAUGAACCCAAGAUGCUCUCGUUCCUGCAGGAUGUCAGUGAUCGUGUGGAAAAGUUACAAUUUCACGCCGAGCCACUGAAGUCAUUGGAGAAAAACGGAAAAAUAGUCGUACUAGACGAUUGGAACAUGCAUCUGGAUCCGAUGAUCACAGAUGAUUUGAGGAAGUACCGCGGUUACAUGGGCGCAAGUGUGAGAGACUUGCUUCGUGCGCUGCGCAACAAGAAGCAUCACUAUCACGAGCUGACGCCGGCCGCCCAGCAGAUGCUGGGUUGCAUUCCGCACGAGUUCACCAACUACUGGGUGGACCGCUUCCCGCAGCUCAUAUCCCAUGCCUAUCACGCGUUCAGUAUUUGCUCAAACGAGCCCAUCUUCAAGCCGUACUACAGUUCCGGCUAUCACUUUUCACGUCCGUGGUACUUUGACGCGGACGAUGCGUUGUUCCCCGUGCUGAUGAGAGAUCCCAAGCCGCUACCAAAGAUUGGUAGUCCGAAGAGGACGCCCCCACCAGCUAGCAGCCAGGCUCAGCAGUUGAAGCAGAGGAAGGGGCUCUACAACUUCCGAAAGCCCAGCGAUGAGUUGCCGAUUGCCGGAGUCCGGCUGCAACGGAAUCUGGAACUAGAUGGACAACCACUUCUGGAUCCAGACGGCAAGCGCGAUGUGUUUGCCAACUUCAAGUUCCGUCGCUACUCGAAGCCGGGAAACAAUCGCAACUACAACGGUGGCCACAAGGAGGCGCAGGAAAAGGAGAAGUACGUAAGCUGGACACUACCGCCUUCAACACAGGAUUAGGGCAUUGAACCCAACAGAUCAGAAUAGACAAGAUUUAGUUGUAGUCCUUUAUUAAUUUAAAUAUUAAUAUUUAAUUGUGCAAUUUGUGUAUAUGCAACUAUUCCAAAACAAUUCCCAAUUCAGUUCUUAGCAAAAAUAUUCAACCAUAAUUAACGGAAGUGAAACUAUUUUGUAUACCGAGUAAGAAUAAUGUAGUGUGUCGUCUGUCGAAUGCACGCAAUUUAACUGUGAUAAUUUUUGAUUUUGUUUAAUGCCCAAGUGCAAAUUGACCUAGACGAAUAGUUCGAGUUUUAUAAAUAUAGUACUUAGACCUAUUGUAUAUUUAUGCAUUAGUUAAGAGACCCAUCCCAACACUCCUCCAGUUUGUGGAGAUGAUCGACAAGCAGAACGUUUUUAGUUUUUAUACCUAUAUAAAAGCACUUAGUUGUAAUGUUGAAGAGUGGAAUGUUUCAGUUGAUGGACAACUUAAUGCUAAUAACGAGCUGCAUUUUCUAAGAGUUCUUAAGCUUAAUCAAAAUGAAAACUAAAUAAAAAUGUAACACGAAUUUUACAAAACAA